AUGUUCCCGACGACAGCGUUCGCCGGAGCCGGAGGUGGGUCUUCGGCACCGUUCGGUCGCAAGUGCCACUCGGAGAUCGAUCUUAAUCUUAACCUUAGCCCGGUACCCUCACCGGACGCAUACGAAGGAUACGUUGAGCUGUCGUCCCAAUCGGCAUCCUCCUCGGGGUUGCCAGUACGCCAGGCUUCACCACCGGUUCCGAUCACGGUUUGUGCCGUUGGUUUCCUACCGAACGAUUCCGUCUCGAAAGCAUACCACUCGGAGGAAGUGUGUCUCCGUGGAUCACUAUCGACGGCGACGGCUGCGACUGGCAGCUCACGGUUGACGAUGAUCAGGAAAUCCUCCUCAACCGGAUUACUCACAGCGAAUGAGUCCGUCGGUGGUACGAAAGGUUCCCAUUGGAUCCGCUCGAUCCGCUUAGCCAGUGAUGUCCGGAGUUUUAACGCGUUGCUCGAGCUGACCGCGUCGCAACUGUUGCGCAUUCGUCUUACGACCGACGUAGCGAACGGGGAGGAACUGAAGCUCUGGUUCUCCGAGGAUGUAAUCGCUCACAUGCAGAUACCGUUCCUAACGCCGGUCAACAUUCAGCGUCAGAAUUGUUACGUGUGCCACCUGUGUCAGCAAUCGUACGAGUAUCCGAACCCGCUCAAGAUCCAUCUGGCCACGGUCUGUAACCGUGAACCGGUGGCCCUGCUGUGGCAUCGGUUACAUCAAGCCCUGGCCACACGCUACGGUAGCCCAUUUAGUCCACUGUACGACUUCCAGCCCUGGCGUAACUCGGCCUUUCGGCCUGUCCUCAAUCCGCACCUCGUCAAAAUGGAUCUCGCCGUCUCGUCUCCUACCUCGCACCAGCAACAUCGACGACAGCCUCCCGGAACGAGUGCCGAUCCGGUUGCGGAUGAACCGACCGGUGCGCAACUCGUCACCGCUGCCCAUCUCGAAACGAUCGUCAGCAAUAUGGGCUCGUCGAAGCAAGGCCACGUGUGCAUUUACUGCGGGAAGCUCUACUCGCGCAAGUACGGUCUCAAGAUUCAUAUACGCACGCAUACCGGCUUUAAACCGCUCAAGUGCCAAUACUGCUUGCGACCGUUCGGUGAUCCGAGCAAUCUCAACAAACACAUCCGGCUACACCGGCAGCACGAUGGGUCACUGUACGAGUGUAAUUUGUGCGGGAAGAAAUUGGCCCGACGGCGCGAUUUACAGCGACAUCUACAAGCACGCCACAACAGCAGUGGCCAGGUGAUCGAUCAGUCUACUACCUCCGAGGAGGAUGAUGAAGAUGUGAUGGACGAAGACGAUCACAGUGGUGGAGCGAGUGGCCAUCGGGGUGCUGGAAGACGUUGA